CCAGUUCAAACAGACUGAACCAGAACCAGGACUCACAUCCAUGCUGCAGAGCUAUUGGAGAACACAGUGGAGCUUAUCAGAGAAAUGGUCUACACCCAUACUAUGGUUCAACCCAGCCCGCAUGAGCUGCUGAGUGAAGAAGAAAUGCAGAAUCUGCUGCAGGUGACAGGCUGCUCCGCUCAACUGCAGAGGCCCAGCUGUCAGACCACCUGUCUUUCUGAGCGGUACCGAUCCAUCACAGGAGAAUGCAACAACAGAAAGAAUCCCAGAUGGGGGGCAGCCAAUACUCCGUAUUCACGCUGGGUGCCUCCAGAAUAUGAGGAUGUGUGGGGGACACCCAGAGGCUGGGACCCAGCUCGCACCUACCACAAUGUCACCCUGCCUCCAGUGCGGUUCGUGUCUCAGGAAGUGCUCUUCACUCACAACAACAACAUCUCUCUGGACUCCACUCUGUCCCACCUGUUGGUAGAAUGGGGCCAGUGGAUAGAUCACGACUUGGUGCUGACACCCCAGAGCCCCAGCACAGCAGCCUUCAGGACAGGAGCAGACUGCAUCCAAACCUGCAGCCGCAACACACCCUGUUUCCCCAUACAGAUCCCACUAUCAGAUCCUCGCUAUGGUCUCCAGAGUUGCAUGCCUUUUUUCCGCUCUGCUCCUAGCUGUGUUGCUGGAUUGUUGCCUCAUCGGCACCGGGAGCAGCUGAACACUAUCACCUCCUUUGUUGAUGCCAGCAUGGUAUAUGGCAGCUCAGACAGUCUGGCUUCAGCUCUGCGAAACAACUCCUCUCCUCUGGGCACCAUGGCCACCAACCCUCACUACUCAGACGGAGUUCUCGCCUACAUGCCCUUUAUGCCACUUCAGCAGGCUCAACUGGAUCCCUGUGGUCCUCGGAACACUAAUGCUUCAGCAGCAUCAAACAGAUCCAUAUGUGGGAAGAACACCACAUCCUGCUUUCAAGCUGGUGAUUCAAGAGCCAAUGAACACCUGGGAAUGAUUGCAUUGCACACACUCUUUUUGAGGGAGCACAAUCGGUUGGUCAAAGAGCUUCAUUUGCUCAACCCUCACUGGAGCCCUGACACCCUUUAUCAAGAGGCCCGGAAGAUCAUAGGAGCCAUUCACCAGAUUGUAACAUGGGAGCAGUAUUUGCCGCGGGUUCUUGGUGAAAGCGCCAUGUCUGAGCUGGUGCCUCCCUAUGAGGGCUACGAUCCUGAAGUGGAUCCCAGUAUUGUUAAUGUUUUUGCAACUGCUGCAUUUCGUUUUGCACAUGUCACUGUGCAGCCGAUAGUAGCCAGGCUGGGGCCGGGAUAUGUCACUAACCCCCAGCAUCCCCCUACCGCUUCAGAAUCACUGUUUGCCUCUUGGAGGAUUGUGCAAGAAGGUGGAAUAGAUCCUGUGUUGCGUGGUCUUUUGCUGUCUCCAGCCAAGCUACAGAUGCAGGGAGAGAUGAUGGUGGAAGAGCUGACAGAGAGGCUGUUUCAGGCACAAGGAGGGAUUCCUCUGGACCUUGGUGCCCUGAACCUUCAGAGAGGCCGGGACCACGGCCUACCUGGUACCAGCUUUGUUCUGUGACCUAGUAUUGAAUGAUGCAGUAGCAUCCUCUGAUGUCAACGACGAUUGUAAAA